CACACACACACACACACACACACACACACACACACACACACACACACUGUUCACCAGGCAGUGAUUAUUGUGUGGAUGCGCGAUCUGGUAGCUGUUUGUGAACGUCGCUCGGAGCUAAAAUGGUCCAAAGAGAUGAAAUAUUAAAGCCCAUAUGGCACGCGUUCAGCGCACUGGAUGUGGACCGGAGAGGAAAAGUGUCAAAGUCUCAGCUGAAGGUUCUGUCAUACAACCUGCACACAGUGCUGAAGAUUCCACAUCAAAACUCGGAGCUGGAGGAACAUUUCAAGGACAACGAUGAGGGGCCGGUGUCCACCCAAGGCUACAUGCCCUAUCUGAACACCUUCAUCCUUGACAGGAUCCAGGGCCCGUUUGAUUUCAUGGAGCUGAAUAAAAUGUGCUGGACACUAUGCGCACCUAAGAACAUCACCACCAGCCGUUUGCUCAUCUCUGACGACGAUGCUUUGAAAGUCUGGUGUAUUUUCAACUUCCUGUCUGAAGACCAAUAUCCUCUUGUGAUUGUAACAGAAGAGAUCGAGUAUUUCCUGCGGAAGCUGAUGGAGGCCGUGAGUGGGAACUGGAAUGAGGGCCAUUUUGCGGACUAUAAGGCCCAGCUAAGUUUGAAGAAGAAUUGUCUGAGCGCGUGGGAGUUGAUCGAGCUGGUGGGUAUGGGCUACUUCACCAAGGGCAUGGACCGCCAGACCACCAGUAUAGGCAUCUCAGAAGUCUUCCAGGAGCUCAUUCUGGAUGUCCUCAAACAGGGCUACAUGUCAAAAAAAGGUCACAAAAGAAAAAACUGGACCGAGCGCUGGUUCGAGCUGCAUCUCAAUUCAAUCUCGUACUACGUGAGUGAAGACUGUUCUGAGAAGAAAGGCUCCAUUUCACUUGACCGACACUGCUGUGUGGAGACUUUACCAGAUAAAGAAGGAAAAAGAAACCUCUUUAUUGUCAAAUGUCCAGACAAAAGCCUCGAGAUCAGUGCCUCGGACAAAAAGAAACGGCAGGAAUGGAUCCAGGCCAUUCAGGACUGCAUUACCCGGCUGAGGCAGGGCCUGUCUGCACCCCACCGUGAGGCUCGACAGCAUCGCCGGGAACUGCGCAGCCGUCUGCAGACAAGCCAAGCGUUACUGGAAGGACAGAUGAAGGAGCUACAGCUGGCGAAUGAGAAGAAGCAGAGAGAGCUAGAAGCCAUGAGGAAGAAUCUGGACGAGGCAGCAGCGAGGGCUGUGAUGGAGGAGCAAAGACGAAUUCGAACUCAAAUGGAUCUACAGAACCACUAUAGAAUGGACCUGGAGAAAGAAAAAAUGGUGCGGCAGCAGAUGGAAGAGCAGGUCGAUCAGAUGUCCAGUGAGCUCAAGUUGUACCUGCAGCGUGUCCAGGAGCUAGAGGACAUGUAUCGUCGUCUGGAGGAGGCGCUAGAGGACGAGAGACAGAUGAGACUAGAUGAGGAGAAUCUGCGCAAACUACAGGGCAGGUUGCUGGAUGAGGAGGUGAGGAAGCGUGCCGAGCUGGAGCAAAUUCACCUGCAGCAGAAGCAAGCCAUCAGUCAGACGAAGCAGGAGAAAGAGCAGCUGGAGCAGCAGAAAUCGGAGCAGGACCGGAUCCUGCAGGUGGCCAUGCAGCAACUGGAGAGUCUCGAACAGCAGAGACAGGGGGCGCUAGAGGAGUAUGAGGCUGUGAAAAGGAAACUUGAGCAGGCGGCGAACAAAACGAAGAGCUGGAAGGAUAAAGUGGCACAGCAUGAAGGGCUAAUUCGCCUCAUCCAGCCAGGGAAUAAAGGUCCUCAGAAAAUGACCAACUGGGGUGCGGCCGCGUUUACGGACAAAGAACUGGAAAUGAGAGAGAAGAUUUGGCAAGAAAAAAAGAACAAACCAGACAAUGCUGUAUAAUCUAUAUUACAUCAUUUUUAAUGCACAUGUACAAAUGCCUCUAGACUGAUUUCUCUGUUCCUGAGAUGGUUGUACUUUUUUCUUUUUUUUUGUAAUUUUUUUUUAAUUUAAUUUAAUUUCCAUUAUAAUAAUUUUACAUUACAAGUACAAACAAAAAACAAAACAAAAAGCUCCAAGGAAAAGGGAACACCAAAAUCUCAGAGUUGUAUAUCGAACAGGACGACGCCAUAAUAGGCCAUAAUAGGGAUCGAGAAAACAUCGAGAAUAAAGAAGAGAACAAAGAAAUUAAAUGUUCAAAAAGUUAUGUAGCUUUGGUGAACCUUAUGAUUAUACAGUAACAGAGUGAAGAUGAGGUUCCAGAUAGAUCUGGAAUGGAGUCACUAAUCCAAUUAAGAAAUAGGAUAGAAUAUUAUAUUAUUUCUUAUUAGCAGAUAAAACAAUACAUUCAUGAGAUAUACAGUAGCACCAAUGAGACUGGGUCAAAAUCCAACUUCAUAUUAAUGAUCUUUUCCAUUUCCCCAGCACUGAAAACCAAUACCGUUUGGCUGCAAUGCCGCAGUCUGUCACAUAACCGUAGACAAUGUGUUAGAUUACCUACUUUAUUUUUACAUUUUAAACACAGGCGACAGAGAGGAGAUAAGAAAUGCUUUCAGUUAAGAUUAAUAUGGGGUCUAUGUAUGACUUUACAUUGUAUUUCUCUUCUGAGUUGAUUUUAUGGUUCUGUGUUCGAAGAGACUGAACACAGAACUCAAAGACAUUUUUACUGAUGAUAAAAACAAUUCCUAAAAAGUGUGAGGAAAUAAAAAAAAAUCCUGUUGAUUUAACUCUAUUAAUGAAAUUAAUCUGUUAGUUGUAAACAUAUCCCCAAGCCUACAAUUUCUAAAUUACACCACUGUUUAAAACCGUGGUCCUAAGGUCCUGGGAUAAAGUCAGGAUUGUUUAAUACUGGGGUAAAAAAAAGAAGUCAGAAGUCAUUUAGAUCUAACCUCAAGCCUACAGACCGAUCGCCAUACUUUAACCGGAUUUUAAAAAAAGGAAAUUAAGGAAAUCGUGAAAAAGAAGAUUCAAUGUUUAGACAUUAGUGUGAAUUCAAGAAGAAUCAUUCGUGACCCUUUCUGCAAUAUAUCUCAGGUGAUAACUUAUGUGAUACAGUUUAAUAUUCAGAAAAUCCAACCCUCCCUCAGAACUUGGCAGAUAAAGUACUGACAUUUUUAUCCUAGUUUUACAUUUACUCCAUUAUAAAGGAACUCAACCAGUGAUCCGGACCAAUUAGUGUCUUCUUUAAUAGUCUGGGUAACAUAAUCAACAAGUGCUCUCUGCACCAGCCGAGACACCGACAUGGAUCUCCACCACUCUUAGUGUAAACAUACUAAGCAAUGGGUCUAUUAACAGCUCUUAAAACUUCAUGAGGAACUCUCUGCAUAACUCAGCUGGCUGUGAUGACUUAUCGUUCUUUCGAGCAUUAGUAGCAUGACCAACCUCCUGUCUAGUAACAAGGCCAUAGAGAUUCCUUUUGUGUAACUGAAAUUCUUGAAAAAAAAGUCAGCCAUUUGUUUGUCACCUGUUAACUUAGAAGAAUAUAGAUUCAUAUAAAAACGCUCUAAAUAAAUUAUUAAUAUUCUUAUCAUGGAAAAUGUUAUCAUCUGAGUCAACAUUAAUAUCAAUAAACUGAGAUGCUGCA